AUGCCUUUAUUUCAACUCAUUGUUUUAGGUGAUGUAAGAGUAAGGAGUCGAACAGGAUUUGAACCUGAAAGAAGAGGAUCUCAUCCGUAUAUUGAUUUUCGCAUUUUACAUUCACUUUCCGAAACAGAAGGAUCUGUGUCAGCAAGAAAUGCACGGAGGUUAUUGAGUUUCCAGAGAUACCUGAGGUCUUCUCGAUUCUUUCGGGGUAAUAGUCCUCAGAACUCAUAUUGUGUUUUAGAUGAUGAUUACAAUGGUCAAGCCAAGUGCAUGCUAGAAAAAGUUGGAAGCUGGAAUUUUGAUAUCUUUUUAUUUGAUAGAUUAACCAAUGGAAAUAGCCUCAUAAAACUGGUGUUUCAUGUAUUUAAUACAUAUGGAUUAAUAGAACAUUUCCGCUUAGAUAUGAUCAAACUGCAUAGAUUUUUAGUACUUAUUCAGGAAGACUACCAUAGCCAAAAUCCUUAUCAUAAUGCAGUUCAUGCUGCAGAUGUAACUCAGGCUAUGCACUGUUUCCUUCAAGAAUCCAAGCUUGCCAGGUCCAUGACUCAGUGGGAUGUGUUGCUGGGUUUGUUAGCAGCUGCUACACAUGAUUUGGACCACCCAGGUGUGAAUCAGCCUUUCCUUAUUAAAACUAAACAUUAUUUAGCAACUUUAUACAAGAAUACCUCAGUAUUAGAAAACCAUCACUGGAGAUCAGCAGUGGGCAUACUUCGUGAGACAGGGUUAUUUUCCCAUCUUGGAACUACACAAAGGCAAGAAAUGGAGAGACAGUUAGGCUCCCUAAUAUUAGCCACGGAUAUAAGUCGUCAGAAUGAGUAUCUCUCUCAGUUCAGAGAACAUCUGGAUAAUGAAGACUUGUCUUUGGAAAAUUCAGCUCACAGACAUUUGGUUUUACAGAUGGCUUUAAAGUGUGCUGAUGUUUGCAAUCCAUGCCGAACCUGGGAACUGAGCAAGCAGUGGAGUGAAAAAAUUACAGAGGAGUUCUUCCAUCAAGGAGACAUUGAAAGAAAACAUAAGCUGGCUAUCAGCCCGCUGUGUGACCGAGAUAGAGAAAACAUUGCCAGUAUCCAAAUAGGUUUUAUAACUUUUUUAGUUGAGCCACUGUUUGUGGAGUGGGCACGGUUUGCAGACACUCGGCUAUCGCAGACAAUGCUGUGUCACCUUGGACUAAAUAAAGCCAGCUGGAAAGGAGUGCUGCAAGGGCAGUUGGACAGUGGAAGUGAAACAGAUACUGUAGUGGAAGAGCCAGAUUCCCAAUGUUUACCUCAGGAAAGCCAUAAAGUAUGAUGAUAAAGAAAUUAGUAACCAACCUGUUUAGCCUGCCCUUGGCAGAAUGACAAAUUUACUGAUACUUCCAAAAGUGCAUGUCUGGAAUAGUGCUAUUUAUUUCCAUGAAUUUGUUUUGGAAUACAACUCUAUGUUCCUGUUUCCUAGUCCAUGAACAAACAGCAACAUGAAGAUGCCUACACUGGAUUGUCAUAAUCUUAUGCAGCAAUGGAGAGAGCCAUGAUGACACAGUUGGAAGGAAAAGCAAAACAACAGACUGAAUUGUUAUAAAAAAGUGCCAUGUGGAAAUUCCAUUUUAGUGAAAGUUCAGUAGAAGUUGAUUUUACAUACAAGUAAUCUUCAGAAGAAGGGACUCCUUUUUUUCACAAAGUAAACAAAAUUUGUUACACCAUUCAAAGUAUUCUUCCUUAUGUUGUUAAUAACAAAAUGUGAAAAAAAAAAACACUCCAUUGCUGCCUUCAGCAGGAUUCAUUGUUUACAAAUCUAGCCUUUAACUAUUUUGGUUCUGAUCAUUGCCUUCUGGCUCUUUUGUGAAGGAACCACUUAAUACAUUUGCUUACUUUUUUUCUAACAAAAACGAAAAAGACUGUAUGGCCUAUUUUAUUAUUAAUUUAAAGUUUUAUGUUCACAUUGAUUUUAUGCACUGUGAAAUCUUAUAAUAUUUCAAUAAUAUUUCAAAAAAUCUACCCGUUACUUCUGUACAGUUUAAUUCAUUUUAUACUUUCUAUAGUUCAUUUUAAAAAAAUGCUACAGGAAACAGUGUUAUGGGUAUUUUUCAUGAGCUGAUGCAUGAUUUUUUUUUUUUUUUGCUUGUGUACCCCUUACUGUACCUUCAUUAAAGAAGGCAAAAUGUAGACACGCUAAUCAGCUCAGGGUACUUCUGAAUCUAAAAAAUAGAUUAGGGAGGAAUACAGUGUGUCUAAAAACUACCCACUCCUUCCUUACGGUGUAAUAAAAUAACCAUUGAUUUUUUUUUUUUGUAUCAUCAGCUGUCACAUUGAAAAGAAAUUGUAGUUCAUUUCUACAAAUGCCUUAAAACUAUGCACAAAGCUGUGACCAAACCUGUUAUUUUGAUUAAAAAGUGUAUUGUUAUUGUCCAAAUCCUUUCCAUAGGCUUCAGAUACAAAUCAAAAUUUGUAGGGCACAUUAUUUAGAUUAUUUUUAAACAUAACAUUUUAUAUUUAUUUUAAAUUGUUUUGAUUGCAUACUUUAGGCAUGACUGUAUUUUUCCUACAAUCAACUGGUGCUUUCUAAUUUUAUUCCAUUUGUAUUUCCGUUCUGGUAGCAAAAGACUGUUUAUUAAUUCUGUUUACAGUUUGUCAAAACAGCCUGUUCUGAGACAAGGUUUCUGUGUAAAGCCAUUUGUAAAAGCUUUGGCAUAACUCAUUUUGAUACAUGCCUGUUAAGGUUUAAAUUUUAAAGAAUAAAUAAAAAAAAAGUUUGCAAAAUAA